AUGCUGACUCUAACUCACUAUAACAUCACCAGCAUGGUGACUGAAGCCAUGCCGGUGGCCACCAUGCCCAUCCUGCUGCUCACUGGCUUCCUUAUCCUGGUCUGGAAUUACGAGGGCACAUCCUCAAUACCAGGUCCUGGCUAUUGCAUGGGGAUUGGGCCCCUCAUUUCCCAUGGCAGGUUCCUGUGGAUGGGCAUUGGCAGUGCCUGCAACUACUACAACCAGAUGUAUGGAGAAUUCAUGCGCGUCUGGAUAAGCGGAGAGGAAACACUCAUUAUCAGCAAGUCCUCUAGCAUGUGCCACGUAAUGAAGAACAACCACUACAACUCCCGAUUUGGGAGCAAGCUCGGCCUGCAGUGCAUCGGCAUGCACGAGAACGGCAUCAUAUUUAAUAACAACCCGGACCUCUGGAAAUGUAUACGGCCUUUCUUCAUGAAAGCUCUGUCGGGCCCAGGACUUGUGCGCAUGGUGACCGUCUGUGUCGACUCCGUCAUGGCACAUCUGGACAGGCUGAAGGAGUUCACCAGCAAGUCGGGCUCUGUGGACAUAAUGAAAUUCAUGCGGUGCAUCAUGCUGGACACCUCCAACGAGCUCUUCCUGGGGAUUCCCAUGGAUGAAAGGGCCGUCGUGAUUAAAAUCCAGGGUUACUUUGAUGCAUGGCAAGCUCUCAUUAUCAAACCAGACAUCUUCUUCAAGAUUUCUUGGCUAUACAGAAAGUAUGAAAAGUCUGUCAAGGAUUUGAAAGAUGUCCUGGAAGUUAUGAUAGAAGAAAAAAGACACAUGGUUUCCACAGCAGACAAACUGGAAGACAAUAUAGACUUUGCCACGGAGCUGAUUUUGGCCGAGAAACGUGGCGACCUGACAAAGGAGAAUGUGAACCAGUGUGUAUUGGAAAUGCUGAUUGCAGCACCAGACACCAUGUCUGUCUCUGUGUUCUUCAUGCUACUUCUCAUUGCAAGGCACCCAAAGGUUGAAGAGGAUAUAAUGCAGGAGAUCAAGACUGUUAUUGGUGAAAGAGACAUAAAGAUCGAUGACAUACAAAAAUUAAAAGUAUUGGAAAACUUCAUUUACGAGAGCAUGCGCUACCAGCCGGUUGUGGAUCUGAUCAUGCGCAAAGCCUUAGAGGAUGAUGUUAUCGACGGCUAUCCAGUGAAAAAGGGGACAAACAUCAUCCUGAAUAUUGGGAGAAUGCAUAGAAUCGAGUUUUUCCCCAGGCCCAAUGAAUUUACUCUUGAAAACUUUGCAAAGAAUGUUCCUUUCAGGUAUUAUCAGCCAUUUGGUUUUGGGCCACGGGCCUGUGCAGGAAAGUACAUCGCCAUGGUGAUGAUGAAAACCAUACUGGUGACUUUUCUGAAACGAUUCCAAGUGAAGGUGUUGCAAGGAAUGUGUGUUGAAAACAUUAAGAAAAGAAAUGACUUGUCCUUGCACCCUGAUGAGACUACAGGCAUGAUAGAAAUGGCUUUUGUCCCGCGAAACUCAGACUAG